AUGGCAUUCUACUCGAUUGCUCUACUCUCUAUAGCAUGCUCUAUCAUUCUGUUCAGGGUGGGGAUCGACCAGUACAUGCCGCUUCUCGUUUCGAACACUAGCGCCGGGUCGACUUCGAAGCCCCAAUCAAAGCUAGAAGAAUUUGGAUUCCUAGAAAUCUCCUCCGGAAUUAAUCCUAUUGUCGAUAUUAUCGCUAUCCAUGGCUUGCAAGGUCACAGAGAGAAGACCUGGACGACAGAUGAUGGAGUGUUUUGGUUACGUGACCUCUUGCCUUCAGACUUGUCCAACGCCCGAGUCCUCAGCUAUGGAUACGAUGCCGACAUCCGCAGUCGCGAAUGUGUAUCAACUCAAACGAUGAGUCGGCAUGCAGAAGGGUUCGCCAAUGCACUCUCACGGGUCCGGAAAGACGCUCCUCGUCGCCCCAUUAUCUUUGUCGCACACGACAUAGGAGGUAUUAUCCUCAAAUGGACACUGGUUAUCUGCCACAAUCAAAGGUUGGAAUCCAAGGGUCACCUUCGGGAUAUUCUCGUUUCGACACAUGGGAUCCUGUUCUUCGGGACUCCACACUUUGGCGUCGAGGGAACGACUUUCCUUCGAGGGAAUCAAUUUUAUACUAACAUACAGCGAUUCUGGGUCGCGGCCAGCGAGAAGAUUAGUAUCAUCUUCUUCUGCGAAGGUUAUGCGAUGGCCGAUGUCGGGAAUCGAGGAGAACUUAAUGUUCCAUAUUACUCGGCUACUAUCGCCGGGGACCGCGAUGCGGCGACAAUCGUACUUCAUGCAAAUCAUCGCAAUUUGGUCCGAUUCUCAUCCAAAGAGAAUGACAACUACAUCACGGUCCAUUACUAUCUCAAAGAGUACAUCAAUAAUGCGCCUUUGACAGUGCAAAAGAAAUGGAAUAAAGAAGACGAACUUCGCAAUACAGCAAAGGGAGAAUCCGAAGAGUCCAUGACGCCAAAACCCCGUCCACUCCUGUCAAGAACUUACAUCGAAAGAAAACGAAUCGAGUCCCUCAUUACAAAGAAGCUGCUUCCAGAGAGUCGCGGAAAGCAUCAACCACGAUGUAUACUAUAUGGACUUGGAGGGGCGGGCAAGACUCAGCUCGCAACGAACUGGAUUCAGGGACACGAAGAGGAGUUUACUCGAGUGAUCAUGGUCGAUGCCUCCAGCCAAUCGCAGUUGGAAGCGGACUUAGCACGGUCAAUUCGUUCGUUGGGUCCGGAAUAUAGCAAGAUGACGUGGAAGGAUGCGGUGGCAUAUCUUGAUGGAAAGGAGAAAGGCUGGUUGCUAUACGUCGACAACGCCGACUCGCCAGAACUCGACCUCCUUCCAUAUCUCCCCCGUUCUAUUCAUGGGGCAACUCUGAUUACCACAAGGAACGUCGGGUGCGUCAACUACGCUCCUGACGGUGCGGUUCAUGUCGGUGGUCUCGAGGAGAGCGAGGCGGUGAAUCUUCUGCAUACAACCGCCAACAUCACCCCUACCUCGGACGUCGAAUCUCUCGAGAUUGCUCGUGAGCUAGGGAUGCUGGCGCUUGCCAUUACGCAAGCCGGAGCGUUUAUUCGCAAGACGCGCAGCCUCCAUACGUACCUCGAAACAUUUCGUCAGUAUCGAGAUCGACUCCUACGCAAGCAGCCCGACAUUGGCACGGAGUACGCUUUCUCCACAUAUACCGCAUUCGACCUAUCCUUUAACGAGCUACCGGCAAAUACGCAAGACUUCCUGAAGCUUUGCGCAUUUCUUCACCACUCAUUGAUUCCAAAGGACCUGUUCAAGCGGUCAAUCAGCUCCGGCUUUACCACAUACACAGUCAGGGACAGUCUCCCCCCGCCAGAGAGUGACAAGACUUUCAUCUCGAACCUGCGGUUCUUAGGCCCCAAUUGGAAUGAGAUUACAUUCCAGGAGAUUGUGGACUCGGCGUCGCAAGCGUCAUUUAUCGACGUUUCGAGCGACGGCUCAUUCUACAUGGUUCACCCUCUACUUCAGAUGUAUAUCAAGGAUCGUCUUGGUGAAGAAGAGAAUCGACGCUAUAUGCACACGACAGCACAACUGUUACUGGGUGCCAUCCGGCCUGUUGAGGAUAGCAAUGAGUGGUUCUGGCAGCUGCUCCCUCACGUCGACAGCAUCCCUCGGUCGGUGCAGUCAGAGAGCGUGGCACGCGGAUUGGCGUUCCACGAACUUUAUUACUCUUUGGGGAACUGGAAGGCUUGCCGAGAGCUGUUGGAAGCCGCACUUCCACGAUGCUCACUAUUUGUGAUGGGGGAACUUGCCGAUUUGCUGUGGAAGGAUGGCCAGUUCGACAAGGCCGAAAAGAUGGAGCGUGAGGUACUCGACUUGCUGCUCGAGAUACUUGGACCACGCCACCCGGACACCAUUUCGGCAGUGGGCAACCUUGCAAACAUAGUGUCUGACCGUGGUCGGUUGGACGAGGCUGAGAAGAUGCUGCGUGAGGUACUCGACUUGCGGCUCAAGAUACUUGGACCACGCCACCUGGACACCAUCUCGGCAAUGCACAGCCUCGCAAAUACACUAUCUGGCCGUGGUCGGUUGGACAAGGCCGAAAAGAUAGAGCGUGAGGUACUCGACUUGCGGCUCGAGAUACUUGGACCACGCCACCCGGACACCAUUAUGGCAAUGGGCAACCUCGCUUCUACACUGUCUGACCGUGGUCGGUUGGACGAGGCCGAGAAGAUGAAGCGUGAGGUACUCGACUUGCGGCUCGAGAUACUUGGACCACGCCACCCGGACACCAUUGUAGCAAUGCACAAUCUCGCAAACACACUGUCUGAGCGUGGUCGGUUGGACGAGGCCGAAAAGAUGGAGUGUGAGGUGCUCGAUUUGCGGCUCGAGAUACUUGGGCCACGCCACCCAGACACCAUUAUGGCAAUGGGCAACCUCGCUUCUACACUGUCUGACCGUGGUCGGUUGGACGAGGCCGAAAAGAUGGAGCGUGAGGUACUCGACUUGUGGCUCGAGAUACUUGGACCACGCCACCCGGACACCAUUAUGGCAGUGAAUAACCUCGCAAAUACACUGUAUGAUCGUGGUCGGCUGGACGAGGCUGAGAAGAUGCAGCGUGAGGUACUCGAUCUGCGGCUCGAGAUACUUGGACCACGCCACCCAGGCACCAUUUCGGCAAUGCACAACCUUGCAAAUACACUGUCUCACCGUGGUCGGCUGGACGAGGCUGAGAAGAUGCAGCGUGAGGUACUCGAUCUGCGGCUCGAGAUACUUGGACGACGCCACCCGGGCACCAUUUCGGCAAUGAACAACCUUGCAAGCACACUGUCUCACCAAGGUCGGUUGGAAGAGGCUGAGAAGAUGCAGCGUGAGGUACUCAACCUGCGGCUUGAGAUACUUGGACCACGCCACCCAGCUACCAUUGCAACAAUGAGCAACAUAGCUUCUAUACUGUCAGUCCGUGGUCGGUUGGACGAGGCAGAGAAAACGCAGCGUGAGGUACUCAAUUUCCAGCUCGAGAUACUUGGUCCACGCCACCCAGACACCAUUUCGGCAAUGAUCAACCUCGCUUCUACACUGUUCAAGCGUGGUCAUCUGGCUACCUCGUCCAGUCCUUCCGCAAUGUUUCAUGAGUCUGGUUGGCUUCGUGAAGCCAGAAACCUUCUGCAAGAGGUCGUGAAUCUAUGCGUUGAGGUAUUGGGCGAAGAUCAUCCUACUACUUUGAAAUCCAAGAUGUUUCUCAAGCAUAUUAUUUCCAAGCAAUCUCGGGCCUCGUAG